AUGUCUGCUGAAAAGAAUCCUGCUGAAGCUAAUGUCAAGACUGCUGGUGGUAACGCAGCUUUCCACAAUUAUUUAAAUGAUUUCAGUCAUAUUGAUGAUCCUUUAGAAAGAAGAAGAUUAGCUUUGGAAAAAAUUGAUCAAGCUUCAUUUGGUUGGUAUCAUAUUCGUGCAAUUACUGUUGCAGGUGUUGGUUUCCUUACAGAUGCUUAUGAUAUUUUUGCUAUUAAUUUAGGUCUUGCUAUGAUUGCUUAUGUUUAUUGGGGUGGUUCAAUUCCUUCAUCAACUUCAACUUUAUUAAAAGUUUCAACUUCUGUUGGUACUGUUAUUGGUCAAUUAGGUUUUGGAUUUUUAGCUGAUGUUGUUGGUCGUAAAAAAAUUUAUGGUUUAGAAUUAAUUAUUAUGAUUGCUGCUACUAUUGCUCAAUGUGUUAUUGGUACUUCUCCAGCUAUUAAUUUUACUGCUAUUAUGACUUUUUUCAGAAUUAUUCAAGGUAUUGGUAUUGGUGGUGAUUAUCCAAUGUCUUCAGUUAUUUCAUCAGAAUUCGCUACAACAAAAUGGAGAGGUGCUAUUAUGGGUGCAGUUUUCGCUAAUCAAGGUUGGGGUCAAUUAUGUGCUGGUUUAGUUGCAUUAAUUUGUGUUGCUGCUUAUAAAGAUGAAUUAAUUGUUGCAAAUACUGCUAAAGAAUGUACUGGUGAUUGUAUUAAAGCUUGUGAUCAAAUGUGGAGAAUUUUAAUUGGUCUUGGUUGUGUUCCAGGUGUUAUCGCAUUAUAUUAUAGAUUAACUAUUCCAGAAUCUCCAAGAUAUACUCUUGAUGUUGAAUAUGAUUUAGAAAAAGCUGCUGCUGAUUCUGGUAAAUUCUCUUCAGGUCAACAUGGUAAUGCUGAUCAAGAAGCUGUUGAACAAUUAAGAGUUACUGAACGUGUUACCGCUGAAGUUGUUCAACCACCAAAAGCUUCAUUUAAAGAUUUUACUACACAUUUUGGUCAAUGGAGACAUUUCAAAAUCUUAUUAGGUACUGCUGGUUCAUGGUUUAUGUUGGAUGUUGCUUAUUAUGGUUUAGGUUUAAACACUGCUACUAUUUUACAAACUAUUGGUUAUGCAUCAUCUAAAAAUGUUUAUCAUUCUUUAUAUAACUCUGCUGCUGGUAAUUUAAUUUUAAUUUGUGCUGGUUCUAUUCCAGGUUAUUGGUUUUCUGUUGCCACUAUUGAUUUCAUUGGUCGUAAACCAAUUCAAAUUGGUGGAUUCUUUUUAUUAACUGUUAUCUUAUGUAUUAUUGGUUUUGGUUAUAACAAAGUUGGUGAACAUGGAUUAUUAGGUCUUUAUGUUAUUGCACAAUUUUUCCAAAAUUUCGGUCCAAAUACUACAACUUUUAUUGUUCCAGGUGAAUGUUAUCCAACUAGAUAUAGAUCAACUGCUCAUGGUAUUUCAGCUGCAUGUGGUAAAGUUGGUGCUAUUAUUGCUCAAACCGCUUUAGGUACUUUAAUUGAUCAUAAUUGUGCUAGAGAUGGUAAAAAGAAGAAUUGUUGGUUACCUCAUGUUAUGGAAAUUUUUGCAUUAUUUAUGUUGGUUGGUUUAUUUUUAUCAUUUUUAAUUCCUGAAACUAAAAGAAAAACUUUAGAAGAAAUUGCUGAAGAAGUUCAUGGUGAAGUUGAUCCAUCAAAAUUGAAUAGAGCUGAAAAAUAUGAAAGUUCUGAUGAUCAUAUUGUUUAG